AUGGCUGCCACGGCCCCGACGAGGAUCGUCUGCAUCGCCGAUACCCACAACUGCACCGUCAAGCUGCCCAAGGGCCACGUCUUGAUCCACGCCGGUGACCUCACCAACCAGGGGAGCUAUUCAGAGCUCUCCAAGGCCAUAAAAUGGCUCGAGGCGGCUGACUUUGAAGCCAAGAUUGUCGUCGCCGGAAACCACGAUAUCACCUUGGACUCUGCUUUCUAUGCAGAGCACGGCCUUCGCUUCCAUAACAAGGACCUUCAGUCGCCGGCAGCCUGCCUCUCACUUUUGACUUCCUCUCCAUCCAUAACCUACCUCGAUCAUGACUCGGCAACCAUUCGGCUGAAGAGCCCCGCCGGACCACGUACCGAGUUCACCAUCUUCGGCUCGCCCUACUCCCCUUGUUCCGGCCUGUGGGCAUUUUCCUACGGUGACGCCGCGGGCCUCCCCCAACUCUGGGACUCGAUCCCCCAGGAGACGGAUAUUGUAGUAACCCACACCCCUCCCCGGACGCAUUGCGACAGAACGGCGACGGAUGGGGGCCGGGCGGCGGGGUGCGAGGCGCUCAGGCGGGCUCUUUGGCGGGUGCGGCCGAGACUGGCAAUUUGCGGCCACGUCCACGACGGCCGCGGAGCUGAACGGGUGACCUGGGAUACGGACGCCGAUGCCGGCUGUGACUUUGCUUUUCCGGAGAAGAGCACCUAUGGCUGGACCGACGGGGGCGCGGGAAACAACAAGCUCAGCCUCGUCGAUCUCACCGGCCGCCACUCUCCCGCUCUCGCCAACGACGGCUUCGUCUCGUGCCGCCACGUUGAGGCGCAGACCGGGAUGUCGGGCAGGAGAGAGACUUGUGUGGUGAACGCGGCCAUCAUGAAGAGCAGAUAUCCGCAUGUAGGGGGGAAGCAACUCAACAAGCCGAUUGUCGUGAAUGUGAACCUGCCCGUGUGUCAGACUGAGGAAUCAAGUCAUGCCGAGGCAUAG